AUGACGCAAGAAAACCCUGGACAAAGCGUGGCGGACGCCUAUAAGCAGAUCACAGAGGCAGAGACCCAGGCUGCCAACUUAGAGAAGAUGUUGGACCAAUUGGAUGCCAAAAUGGACGCCAUCUUGAAGGAAGCCGAGUCCAUCAACCACGAGAACGACGCCGAUAUAGAUAGCGAACAACAGACCGACCUGGUCUAG